AGAUCCCUCACGUAACUGCCAUUAGUGUGGAACGUGGUCAGGAGCAGACAGGCAGUGCUGAGAGAGCCACAGGAGGAAGAGGAGCAUUCCUGGGCUCCUCUGACCACAGAUACACAUGGGAAACAACGGCAGCUCCACAGUGGAUGACCUGCAGGCUGUUGAGAUCCACCACUGGUACAAGAAGUUCAUGACAGAGUGUCCUUCUGGGCAGCUGACAGAGCAUGAAUUCAAGCAGUUCUUUGGGCUUCGAGGGCUGGAUCCAGAGGCCAAUAAGUACAUCGAGCAGAUGUUCCGCACAUUUGACAUGAACAAGGAUGGAUAUAUUGACUUCAUGGAAUACGUGGCUGCCCUCAGCCUGGUUCUCCGGGGGAAGAUGGAGCAGAAGCUGAGAUGGUAUUUCAAGCUCUAUGAUGUGGAUGGCAACGGCUGCAUAGACCGACAUGAACUGCUCAACAUCAUCAAGGCUAUUCGAGCUAUUAAUGGUGGUGACCAUGAAACUACUGCAGAAGAGUUCACCAACCGAGUGUUUGACAGAAUUGAUGUGAAUGGAGAUGGUGAACUUUCUCUGGAGGAAUUUGUGGAGGGAGCAAAGAAAGAUGACGAGUUCAUGGAGGUUAUGAUGAAAAGUUUGGACUUGUCACACAUCGUGGCCAUGAUCAACAACCGUCGGCACAGUGUGUAAAUCAAACUGGGAGAAAAUGCUGUGCCAAGAGCCAGAAGGGUGGAGAAACACCGGGAAGGAGAGACAUCAGUUUUUAACACACAAUUUCCAGAAACAUGAGUAUGGAAGUAGGAACAGAAAGACACUGCUAUAUUUGUGUGUCUGAGUGGUUGUUCCUGUACGAAUAUUGAAGCUCAGUCACAUAAAUGCAGGGCAGGACCAGAAGAACUGGAUCUGGGUGACAGUAUUUGACUUGACUUCCUAGAAUUUAAAGACCAAGUUUCAGGGCACAAAUUUCCUCCUUAUUUGCUGUCCCAGAUUGUCACUUUGCCGUGGACUGAAAGUAACACCAAGUUUGUGAAGAGCACUAGCAGAACUGGG